AAUACUAAAAGCUAGGGAUGGGAAAGUCGAUCCGUCGAUUCUUCGAUACCCCGAUUUUUUGAUACAUAAUCGAUAAUCGAGGAUCGGCGAAAAUCACCGAUUAUUAAAAUUCUGCAGGAUGUAGACGUAAAGUGCUGCCUAGCAGCGGUUCAUCGCUGUCGUUGCAGUAAUUUUAGUCAGUUUUACAACUAAAUAAAUAACCAUAAACGAUAUAAUAAAUAAUAAAUGAAAUAUAACAUAGCUUACCACAGCUCAGUUGCCACAAUCCCGUAAGCGGGAACGGAGGUUGGCGAUUUCGUACUGUGCAUUUAGGGUUAUUUAUUUAUUAACGCAGUGUUAUCGUAUAAAGAAAUUGUAGCCCAACUUUUACUUGCUGAAUACACCCACAUUGGUAGCCAUGUGCACAAAAUUUCAAGAUUCUACUGAGAAGUGUGCCACGUUUUCUACGUUUCUAGUAUAUUUAUUCACUUGCGUUGUUGCAUAUUUAUUUUCGUCAAUGAUUUUUUUUGUUAACCAGCAUUUGUCUAUACAUGAACUUUCACAGGUUUGCCAACUUCCGGUACAGAUCUUAUUCUCAAUUACUUAACGAUAAAAUGCAAGAAUAAUGUGGCCAUAGCCCGUAACAUUUUACGAGUUACGUAUUUUCCGUAAUUUAUUUAAUAACAGUAAACAUUAAAUCACCAGUUAAUUACGCAACUUAAACAUAAAAUUUCAAUGGACGUUUUUGAAACACGUUUUCAUUCCAGUAAGUUACCAGUACGGCAACUGUAGAAAUUUUCUUACAUGCUUUUGUUUCCAGUGAUGCUUCUUUGUUUGAAUGUUGGGUAAUGUUAGCGCAAUACGAAUAGUAAAAUAACAUUUUUAUUUACGUGAUGUCUAGUGAAGUGUGGAAAUACUUUGUCAUCGACCGACAAAAUUCUGGCUACGCAAUAUGUCAAAUCUGUAAAUGUACAAUCUCACGUGGCGGUAAAUCUAAAACUACAACAAACAUGAAAAAACAUCUCGAAAACAAGCAUGGGAGUUACGUUCAUGAGACGAAGAAACAAAGGCUACAUUCAUCGGAAUUGAGCGAGAUUGAAGAAAAUGAAAUAGAUGAUAGUUCAGCACAAAAUUGUUCUUCAGAGACAACCUUGCCAUUGUCAUCAAAUUCAGAUGUUAGGCCUACUGCUACUGAUUCAUCGAGAGGCAGCGGUUCAGUGUCCCCGAGGCAUGCUGAGAAAGUUGGCCAAACGAAUAUUUCAUCAAGAACACCAAACCAGUAUAGGCUAACUCCUAAAAGUCAAUACCAGCCUACAUUACAAUCAUUUAUUGAUAAAACUGCACAAUUCAAGUCCACUGAUCCUCGUGCAAAAUCAAUAACUCAGCACAUAGGUAGAAUGAUGUGCUUAGACAAUCGUCCUUUUAGCAUGGUUGAAGACAGAGGAUUCACAGAAUUUGUCAAAUUCCUUGAGCCUAGGUAUGUUUUGCCCAGCAGAAAACAUUUUUCAAAUACUGUUGUACCACACAUGUACCAAGAAUGUAGGGAAAAUGUGAACAAAAAGUUGGACAAAGCUGAACAUGUGAGUCUUACAACAGAUAUGUGGACUUCAACAGCCAAUGACGAUUAUCUUGGUCUAACUGUGCAUUUUGUUGAUUCCAAUUUUGUCUUGCAACACCUCAACAUUGGGGUUAUUCCCUUUCCUGAAUUAUCUCACACAGGGAACAAUUUGUGCAAUUUUAUCACAGAAACACUUGAAGAAUGGAAGCUGCAAUCUAAAGUUGUUGCCAUUGUAAGAGACAAUGCCAGGAACAUAACUGCUGGCCUAGAAUCAUCCGAAUAUGAACAUCUGCCAUGCCUAGCACAUACCCUGCAGCUUGUUGUAAAGGAAGGGCUACUGAACAACAAGAAUGUAAAUAAUCUGAUUGCCAACGGUCGUCGCAUAGUUGGCCAUUUAAAACAUUCUUGUAAGGCGACAAAAGAGUUAAAGAAGGCUCAAGCCACGCUGAAAAUGAAAAAACAUAAACUUAUCCAGGAUGAACCAACGCGUUGGAAUUCAUCUCUCCAUAUGCUACAGCGCUUACUUGAGCAAAAACAGUCUGUUUCUUUAGCAUCAGCAACUCUGCAGUUACCUGUGACUUUUUCAUCAGCAGAAUGGAACCUGAUGACAAAUGUAGUAAACCUUUUAAGUAUUUUCAACCAUGCAACAUUGGCUGUAAGUACUCAGUGUGUGACAGCCUCAGAAGUCAUACCUAUAAUCAACAGUUCUACUGAAGAGCUAAGGAAACCAGCACCUACUGGAUCAGGUGUACAGGGCAUCAAAAAUGAUAUGCUUGCUGCCAUAACUUUGAAGUAUUCUGAUGUUGAAGAGAAUAUGUUGUACGCAGUUGCAACAUUACUGGACCCACGAUUUAAACACCAUGUUUUUGUGCAGGACGGUAAUGUCACAAAAGCGAAAGUUUUUUUGAUUGAAGAAGCAAGAAAAACUAUCUGUUUGAAACAACCUGAAACUGAGUCUGUGCCGCAAACAUCCAGCCAAGCAAUGGAAAGCCAUGGUAUGUGGACAUUUUACUCAAACAUAAUGAAGACUGCCCCAAGUGUAAGCCACAUCGCAUCAGUUGAAGAUGAGAUUAAUGUUUACUUGGAAGAACCUAUUCAAAAUUCAAGUACCAACGUUUUCCAGUAUUGGAAAGAAAAUACCAAGUACCCAUGUUUAAAAAAACUGUCAAAGAAAUUUCUUUGCAUUCCACCUUCAACUGUACAUUCCGAGCGAUUAUUCAGCACUGCAGGACUGAUUGUUGAUCAGAAACGGAACCGUUUAGAUCCUGAACGAGUCAAAAUGUUGGUUUUUUUAAAUAAGAAUUUGUGAUCUAAUAAGAAUUUAGGAUCUAAUAAGACUUUGUGAUCUAAUAAGAUGCUUUGCCAGUUUUCAUUUAUUAUUUUAAGAACUUUCAAUUUUAUUUUGUCAAAAGUGUUGUUUUUAUGAUAUUUCACUAUGUUGUCAUUUAUUUCAAAGGUAUAAAGAUUGAAUUUGGUAGUUUCUGGUUUUUUACAAUAUUUUUAAUAAUCACAACUUUUUGUGGCUAUUUAAAGUUUGAUUGAUAAAUGUUAAUGAUUGUACAUUUAGUAAUUAAUAUACUAUUUAUUAAAUUGUAUUCCAAUGAAAUUGUUAGUAUUUUGAUGACUUUACGACAAUUCACUUUUUAUUAGUACUACUGACCUAUUACUAAAUUACGUAUUCUCUUUUCAAAAUUACAUAUUCAACUGGAUUAAACAUAAUCCACAUAAAAAAUAAUGCUUGCCCUACACAUUACACAUUACAGAAUAGUAAUUUCAAUUUCUUUAUUUCAAGUAAUGUAAAGUUUUGUUUUAUGUGUUAAAUUUAAUAGUAUUUAUUUAUUAUUUUGAAAAAUGCUUUUUUAGUGUAUUCAAUAAGUAUGUUUACUGAUUCCAUUGUAACUUAUACUUCAAUCCCGAAAAUGAGAAUCUAUAACUUAACCUAAUUGAUUGGAAUCGAUAAUCGAUAAGAAUCGAUGAUCGCAACAAGACUCGAUAAUCGGUAUCGAAUCGAAAAUUUUGAAAAUUUCCCA